GUUUGCGCAGACGCGUCCCGAACUGUCAACUCUCAAGGUGUGGACUCGUGGAGGCGUUGAGGAACGCGAGCGGGACAUUGUGGAGUAUUUUUGUUUACGAAAAGAGUGGAAUCAACUGGAGGGGUAAAAACCAGUCUGUUUUCGCCCGGGGAUACAACAGCAGUAUGUUCGCCAUGGGUGAUUGUCGUCACUUUUUCAAGUUGUAGAUAUAUGAAGUCGUAAAUGUUUCUGGUUCAUGUGCUGAAGUUGAAGUAUUCAUGCAUACAACCAGGGCAGGUAGGAAAAGCGGAGCCGGAAGAACACGCAAUACUUGUUGCGUUGAGUUUGUCUUUGUUCAUUUCCAAGAGGAUUAUCGUUGACAUUGUCAAAUAAAUGAAGUGACUUUCUAGCUUUGCGUCAGAGUUCAAGAAAUUAUGACGGAUUUGAGGAAAAAGAAGCUGUUCGUCCUAGUGGACGUGCUCUGUGUUGUUGUAGCUUCUCUGCCGUUUGUGAUCAUGAAUAUUGCAUCCCAGCCAUAUGAGCGAGGCAUCUACUGCCAGGACGAGAGCAUUGGUUACCCCAUUAGACCAGAAACCAUCACACAUGUAACAAUGGCUGUAGUCACUAUCACCUGCACGGUCAUCAUUAUAUCGUCGGGUGAGGUGUACCUCGUGUACAGUAAAAAGAUUCGCUCCAACUCUACCUUUAAUCAGUAUGUGUCAGCCAUAUAUAAAGUGCUGGGCACCUUCCUAUUCGGAGGAGCUGUCAGCCAAUCACUGACAGACCUGGCCAAGUACACCAUUGGGCGACCACGCCCACAUUUCUUAGCAGUGUGUGCUCCCAAAGUCUGCAAAGGAUACAUGGCCUCAAUCAACUGCACUGGCGAGCCACGUGAUGUCACUGAAGCCAGGUUGUCCUUCUACUCGGGGCACUCCUCCUUUGGGAUGUACUGCAUGCUGUUCUUAGCGUUCUAUGUCCAGGCUAGACUGAAUGAGAAAUGGGCUCGUCUCCUGAGGCCCACCAUCCAGUUUUUCCUGGUGGCCUUUGCCGUGUAUGUGGGUUACACUCGCGUGUCCGAUUAUAAACAUCACUGGAGCGACGUGCUGGUAGGACUCCUCCAAGGGGCGCUCAUUGCAAUUCUCACUGUGCGAUACGUGUCGGAUUUCUUCAAGGUCCGUCCUUCACAUCAAUGUUCGAUUCCAGAGAUGGUGGAAAGUGAUGUUGCAGAGCGGAAACCUAGCCUACAUUUGGGAGACUCUGAGCACAAUAACCAUUACAGCUAUUCUGGACCUGUGUGAGAAGAAUGAAGCCAAGUCUCACACUACAUCUCCCACAAACCACUGGACUGACGGCAGGGGGCGGGACAAUACUGCACAUGCUCACAAUGCUAAUGUACCAGCAGCCUCCUUGAGAAAAAGCUUUGGUGUCUCUUUCUGUCCUUCGCAUGAGAGAGAACUCUAUAAAUAUUUAAUCCAUUUAAUCGCAAUGAUUUGCCGAGGACUUCUAGAUAUUGAGGGACUGAAGUCUAAGUUGGUAUAUUGGACAAGAUUUUAUCUGAAGUUGUUUAUGGCUUGUAUAUUCUAUUUCUGAACUGUAACCCUUACCAAACUAUAGCUUAAAAUGUCACUUUGCUCUGGAGCUGUCUCGUUUAAAUGUGUUUUUGUUCGUGUUUUGUUAUCAUGCAUUUUAUUUUGAAAUUAGUUUAUUUCCUGUCCCUGUGUCCUUGUCAUGUGAUUUCCUGUCCCCCUCAUUUGUUCCUUUCAUGUGAGUGUCUGGUUUUAUGUGUCUUGUUAUCUUAUUAUUAGUUAUAUAUUAUGUAUAUAUAUUAGUUCUGUUUUAUUAUUGGUUCCCAUUUAUUAUUCUUGUGAUCUAGUUUUGUUUUGUCAUUGGUUGUCUAUGUCAUGUGGUUAUCCAUGUCCAUGUAGUUUAGCCCUGAUGUUUGCCAUUUGUCUUUUGUUAAGACAGCAUGACAACUGACACAAUGUUACACCAACACAAUACUUGACAAAUACAAUGGCAAACAUCAGGGCUAAAACACAUGGACAUGGAUAACCACAUGACAUACAACCAAUGAUGAGAUUAAGCUGAUGAACAUGAUAAGAAAACUAAUAAACUGGAACCAGUAAUAAAACAGAACUAAUAAUAAGAUAAGACACAUGAAACCAGACACUCACAAGAAAGGAGCAAAUGAGGGGAACAGGAACAAGGACACGUGACCAGAAACAGGAAGUAAACUCAUUUCAAAAUAAAAGCCAUGAAAAGAAAACCUGAACAAAAACACAUUUAAACGUGACCGGAGCUAGGCUUGCACUUCCCAUAUCAUUUAGAAAUGUCUGAAAUAAUUUAAUGCUGCAUGAGCUCUAUCCUUUUCAUCGUAGAGUCAUUUAAAUUGUUAGUAAUCAACCUUAGUUGUUAGUAAUCUGGCCUUUCUUCCAAACACUCAAUGUGGACUGCAAAUAAUAGAUAAUGUUAAAGAAAAUUGUGAUUUAUUAUUUUGUUCCCCUGUGUUUCAAAUUUAAACGUGAGAUACCACUACAUCAUCUGCUAGCCUGUUAUGCUCCAAUUGGUUUUUUUAAAUUGAGCAGUCUUUAUUGAAUUUGUCCUUUGUGAAUUGUUGUUUUCCAAAGUCUUAUUAAAUGUUUUUAAUAAUAGUUUGAUUGUUUGUCACUGACUACAAAACACACUUUGCUUUAAU